CACGUGGGCGGAGUCCUACGGCCGGACUUGGCCUUCCRCCGGGAGAGCCAAGGCAGCCUGAGGUACAGGCAGCCAGGCUGCCCUCACUCCGCUCCACUGCCACUACCAAGGGCUGGCGGCGGACAGCAACCAACGGCUUCGGGAGGAGCCGGCGCCCGGGCCUGACACUCUUCCUUGCGGGCGAGACGGGGCAGGGGUAGACACUACUAGACAGACACCCGACUCUCAGGACAAACAUACAUGCCCACUCGGUGCUGGGCGCCGGGACGCCCUGAURAAUCCCGACUGGACCCAGAUUCGAGGCGCCGGGGGACCUCUCUGUGCACACACACAAUCCCUGCCACGGGAUCCUCSUAAGCCAAGGAGAGGAGAGGUUUUCAUUCCACCCGCGGCCUCCCAGGAMUCGCUUCCAAAACUCCGCCUAUGGGGGCGUUCCCGGCUGCGCCGUAAAGUAGGGGACAUUCUUUGCUCCUCAAGAGCCCGCCUCCAUCUUUACGGCAGGCCGCAUUCCACGCCUCCAAUAUGGCGCCCCCCACAUAGACUUUGGUUGUGGUUUCUGCUCCCGGUAGCCGCUGUCAGUUUUGAGCCGGGGCUGCUGACUAUCCUACUSGAGCUGUAGAAAGCAGCAAAGGUCGUUUCUGGUCACGGCUCUAAGGAAACCACUCUCCUUUGAGAGACGGGAGCCACCGAUUUUUUUUUUAGUUCCUGGAAGUUCCUCCUCAGCCCCUGCUUGGUUUUCCCCGCCACCUCCGGACACCCCCSAGGUCCCUAACUGUUCCAGACUCUAACCAUGAACCUUCAACGUCUGUUGUUGCGCUUUCCGGGUUAUCUGGGGGCCUUGGGCCCCCCACGUCGCCUGUGGCGGUUCCCAUCCCUCGACACUAUCUCCCCGGUGGGACCCUGGCGUGGUCAGUCCUCCAGGUCCCCAGCCCACUGGAACCAGGUGGUGUCAGAGGCUGAGAAGAUCGUGGGCUAUCCCACAUCCUUCAUGAGCCUCCGCUGCCUGCUGAGCGACGAGCUCAGCAACAUCGCAAUGCAGGUGCGGAAGCUGGUGGGAACUCAGCACCCUCUGCUUACCACUGCCAGGCACCUGUCGUCUUCUGCCACAUGCCUAUCAAACCUAAUUGCAGCUUCGGGAGGACUUUGGGGACUUGUGCAUGACAGCCGCCAUAACCUCCAGUUGAGGGGCUUGGUGGUGCUGCUUAUUUCGAAAGCAGCUGGGCCCAGCGGAGUGAACACUUCACAGAACUAUGACACAGUCAGUGGGAUCUACUCAUGUCAAAGAAGUUUGGCAGAGAUCACAGAACUUAUCCAUACUGCUCUCCUUGUACAUCGUGGGAUAGUAAAUUUAAAUGAAUUGCAGUCUUCUGAUGGACCACUGAAAGACAUGCAAUUCGGAAAUAAAAUAGCUAUCCUAAGUGGAGACUUCCUUCUAGCAAAUGCCUGCAAUGGACUAGCCCUGCUACAGAACACCAAGGUUGUGGAACUUUUAGCAAGUGCUCUUAUGGACUUGGUACAAGGAGUAUACCAUGAAAAUUCUACUUCAGCCAAGGAAAAUUAUAUCACAGAUGAUAUUGGAAUAUCAACUUGGAAGGAGCAGACUUUUCUCUCCCAUGGUGCCUUACUAGCAAAGAGCUGCCAAGCUGCGAUGGAAUUAGCAAAGCAUGAUGCUGAGGUUCAGGAUAUGGCAUUUCAGUAUGGAAAGCACAUGGCCAUGAGUCAUAAGAUAAAUUCUGACCUCCAGCCUUUUAUUAAAGAAAAGACCAGUGACUGUGUGACUUUUCAUCUAAACUCAGCUCCAGUAGUUUUACAUCAGGAGUUUCUUGGAAGAGAUUUGUGGAUUAAGCAGAUCAAAGAGGCUCAAGAAAAAGGAAGAUUAAACUAUGCUAAGUUGCGAGAAACAAUCAAAGCUGGCAAAGGUGUGACUUCAGCUAUUGACCUGUGUCGUUACCAUGGAAACAAGGCACUGGAGGCCCUGGAGAGCUUCCCUCCCUCGGAGGCCAGAUCGGCUUUAGAAAACAUUGUGUUUGCUGUGACCAGAUUUUCAUGACACCAAAUUAAAAAGACCCUAUUGUUCCUUAGCUGAAAAACCUAGGGAAUGAGGUGAUUGGAAGAGCUUUUGUGAGGAAAUAUCUAAACGUGUUUAUGACUUUAAAAUAUACACAUUUUCCCCCUUCCUUUUAUCACAUUGCUAAAAUGAAUACCACCUUCAUUUUGGAACUGCUACAAACAAAAUUAGAAGGAAAAAAAAAGGUCAAGCAGUUUUCACUUGUCACGCCAGAAGCACACUUGAGGCUGCAGCAGCAGAAAUAAUUMAUGAGAUUCGCUCCUGUGACCUCAGCAAAUGGACAGGAAAUAAGUCCUUAUUGAUUGGACCAAGCCACGGAUGGCGCCAGGGCGGUGGCCUGUGGUUUUCCUUCUAGAGAGGACAGAGCAAGCUGGAAGCUGCAGGUGUCAAGAGAAACACUCUGGAUCCCAGCCAGGAAGGACUGUCAAAUCAGAAACCACUGACCCAUCUGUCAAAAAUGGAGAAGAGUUC